CUUCCCCUUCCAUCCGCUGCAGGAUCCCUCUCCAACCAACCUUCCUCUCUUUCUCUCUCUCGUCUCGCUCGCUCGCUCUCAGACGACUGCUGGGCCGCAGCCGCCGCCCUAGGCCAGGUGCUGAGGCUCUCUUCGCCGGCGACGAGCACCCACCAGUUGCCAGUACUAUAGGGAUGGAUGGAGCCAUUCGUCUUGGUUAGGCUUAGGCGUUACUACUUCUACAGACGACAUAGCCAAUAUUCUCAUCGCCGGGACCAACACGAAUCCAAUCCUCUUCCACCUUUAUUUUCGCCUUUGCAUACCAACAGUACGCAGGAGAAUUAUUCUGCUAGCAUAACCUCCUCCUUAAUCCAUCCAUCCAGGAGGACCAGGUGGGCGAUUUCUUGGUGUCCAUCACACUCCAGCUAUCACCGUCAUUAUGCUCCCGUUGAGCAAUGCAUAAAAGUCGUCGCUCGCAGGUCUCCGUCUUUCAUACUUUUCCCGCUGUUCCAGGCAAUGGCCAAACUUCCAGUACUUGCACGCAGUGCCAUCAGGAAGCCUAACGAAAGCAUGAGGCUUAUUGUAGUAACGAUCGUUGGAGCGGUCUUUGGUUUCUUUAUCGGAAUCUCGCUCCCAACAGUUAGCAUAACAAAGCUUCACUUUCCAUCUAGCAUCGUCUCCUACAUAGAGGACAAGAACUCGGGCCUCUCUGCUCAAGCUAUACUUAAUCAUGCUUGGACUACCGCCAGGAAUGCAAGGGGAAAUGGCUCUGAACCAAUCUCAAGUGACAACUUCAAGAUUUAUGUACCAACAAAUCCCAGGGGCGCCGAGAGCCUAGCACCUGGUAUUGUUGUACCAGAGUCUGAUUUUCAUCAGCACAGGUUAUGGGGAGACCCAGAUGAGGACCUACCCUUCAAGCCAAAGUACCUUGUUACUUUCACUGUUGGCAUUUCACAGAAAGAUAACAUAAAUAGGGCUGUCAAGAAGUUUUCAAAAGAUUUUGCAAUCCUGUUGUUUCACUAUGAUGGCCGGGUGACUGAAUGGGAUGAAUUCGAGUGGUCAAAGCGAGCUAUCCAUGUAAGCGUCCGGAAACAAGCAAAAUGGUGGUAUGCUAAAAGGUUCUUGCAUCCUGAUAUCGUGGCAGCCUACGAGUAUGUAUUUAUCUGGGAUGAGGACCUUGGAGUUGAUCAUUUUAAUGGAGAUGAGUACAUUAAACUUGUCAAGAAAUAUAGACUAGAAAUCUCACAACCUGGUUUAGAGCCAGAUAGGGGAUUAACAUGGCAGAUGACCAAGAGAAGAGGGGAUCGUCAGGUUCAUAUGGUUACAGAGGAGAGAGAAGGUUGGUGCUCUGAUCCUCAUGUUCCCCCAUGCGCUGGGUUUGUUGAAAUAAUGGCUCCAGUUUUCUCCAGAGAUGCAUGGAGAUGUGUCUGGCAUAUGAUUCAGAAUGACUUAGUUCAUGGAUGGGGUCUUGAUUUUGCUCUCCGGAAAUGUGUGGAGCCUGCUCAUGAGAAAAUUGGUGUCGUUGAUUCUCAAUGGAUUGUACACCAAGUGGUUCCUUCUCUCGGGAACCAGGGGCAGGCGGAGAAUGGGAGGGCACCAUGGGAAGGGGUAAGAGAGCGUUGCCGGAAAGAAUGGGGACUCUUCCAGACAAGAAUGGCAGAAGCUGAGAAAGCAUAUUACGAGAUGAUGGGAGUUACUCCUCCGAAUGUAACAUUUGUCUCCUAGGAUAAAAGUUCACAUGUUAAAUCCACUCACCUUUUUCUUUUUGUCCAGCAGUAGCUCUUCGAAUAGAGUUAGAUAUUGAUGAUACAUGUAGAGCAUACGUGACAUUAUAUAUAAACUGUGCAAACUCUAAUCUGGACCAUAGGAUGUUGAUCCAAGGGGCGCGGAAAGAUUGGGUAAUUUUGCA